AUGUCCUCGUCGUCCACGACUGCACAAGGUUCACGCUCACCGUCCCCGUUAACACCUGAAACCUCCGAGUCGCCAAAGUCAGUCGUUAUCCAGAGCGACCUUGACCUCACCUCGUGGUACCUUUCAAUGCAUCCAACCAAAUCCGUCGCACCCCAAUGGUCCUCGAAUCCUGCUGUAUAUAUGACCCCUCACAAGUCUGAGGAGGAGCAAAUGUUGCGUCUAGACGAGCUGAUUGAGCAGCAUGCGUACGACGACUCACCUUCUUCAGGAUUUAAUUCCAUUGCCAAUUAUUCCUCGCCUCCAUCUUACUCGACAAAUGCGAGCUCUCCUUUCUCAGUGUCGGAAUCGACCAUCCCAGAGUUUCGCUCCAGCGAACUUGCAGUACCAGCUCGCCAGGGACCAUUAUCUUUGACCAAGCCGAUCCCCCCUCCGGCCGCGCUUCCCCGCAAACAAGACUCUUCUUCGGCCCACCAAAGGGUGACACAUCCUCCAAAGGAGUCGUGCUUCAACCUUCCCAUCAUGUUUCCGAGCAUCCCAGAAGGCGGAACCAAGUCCCGAGUAGAGACUCAAGUUCGAGUGACAGUCGAUUUGGCAGACUCGAGUUCGUCGUCUGAUCCUUAUAAGUACGACCGGGUGGGCUCCUGGAAAUGGUUGAAGCUACCCCCUGGGACCGCCACCAAGAAGAGGACCCGAAAGCAGGGUAAGAUUGAUCCUGAUCCGCAAGAUGUCCUCCAUCUUGCAGCGACUGUGACGUGCGCAUCUCCUCCUCACAACCGGGUCCUGAGUUGUACGAGCUGCCAAACGCGAGAGGCGAAACGUGUUGCAAAGAAAUUGGCAGCCCGAGUAAGACCUGCUCGUUCUGAUACCGAAUCGGACGGGGAAGGCAGGUCUUCGAAGAGCAGGCAACAUGAGGACACCACCAGCAUAAUACAAUUCAACUGUGCCGAAACCCUUGACUUCUCGACGGGCUCGGUGGUUCUACCCCUCCGAAUAACCUGCUACUGUCGACACCAUAGGGAAAAGGUUGGCUUCAAUGUCCACUUUUCGAUGAUGGACCAUAACGGACGUGUUGUUGGUUCCGGAAUGUCGCGGCCGAUCAUGAUAACGGAUGACCACAAGACAUCCAAUGCUAACAAAGCACCGGAGUUGAUUGGUAGUUUUACCCCUGUGGAACAUCGUAACUGGCCUGCGAUGGAGGGUAUGUUGGGCGACACUACAUCCAGUCUGGAUGCUGGUGCGCCUUCGAGGCGAAAGAGAGAGUUCGCGAAUGACAACAAUGUCAAGAAGCGCCCGAAGCCUUACGACGCAUCUGCAAAACUGAAUCGUAUUUCUCGGGAAGGGAGCGUCUCGAGCAUACCUUCUCCUUCAACGUCGUACUCGCCUCUACCCACAACUCGCGCGUCUACGCCAUCCUCUUCUCUGCAAAACGUCGUGACGACAGACUCGUCAGGCUUGCCCCCUCCCCUACAAUGGGGCGUGCCGGGGUCAGAGACUUCGUCCCCGGAUUCUCUCGCCACGCCACUGGAUAACAACUCCGAUGUUCCAAUGUCAGGACCCAACUUCAUUGCAUCGGCUGUUCCCCAAGAACUACCACUACCGCCCUCCAUUAUGGCACGGCCUGCGCCAACCUCAAUCGUCGAACCUUACACAGCGCCACAUUCGAUGCCAGUCAUGUUCUUCGACCCUCAUCAGGCUGCACAACCAAUGCAGGUGCAACUGCCUACAAUUCAUCGACUCAUUCCCAACGCUGGUCCUACGCAUGGUGGGAUCGAAGUCACCGUUCUGGGUGCCAACUUCCACCCAACUGUGCAACUGAAUUGCGUGUUUGGAGGCGUUACGGCGAGCUCGACUCAGCGCUGGAGUGAGAACACUCUUGUUUGCAUUCUGCCCCCACGUGCCACAGCUGGGGUCGUUGCAGUUUGGUUUGAAGGCUUCCCCAAAUGUGAAGAUCAACUGAAUGUGCCGCUCUCAUUGUUUACAUAUUCCGACGAGUCCGACAGAGCCUUAAUGGAACUCGCUCUACAGGUCGUGGGUCUGAAGAUGACUGGCAAGAUUGAAGACGCGAAGAAUGUCGCCAUGAGGAUUGUGGGCAACGCCGGAAGCGAUGGUUCUGACCCCAAUAACACGACCGGCAUGAUGCACAUGGCAUCCUCUCCGUCAACUCGCGACCUCCGGCCGCUACUCUUUUUGCGUCCGGGAGAGAGCGAUAACUUCGAGACGCAAAUUGUGGACCUCCUGUCGAUUAUCGAUACCCCAAUGGGCAGCUCCGCUCCAAACGCGACCGCCACUGUUGAUGCCAUUUCCCGCCCUUCGCCUGCUGGACAAACCCUCCUCCAUUUUGCUGCAUUCCUUGGAUUCGCAUCUCUGACGUGCUUCCUUGUCAAACACGACGCGGAUCUCGACGCUCGUGAUCGUAAUGGUUUCACGCCUCUGCAUCUCGCGGCUCUAUCCCAAUCGAGCACAUGCGCUACCAUCCUUGUCGAGGCGGGUGCCGACCCCGAAAUCGUUAAUGCUCUGGGCAAGACACCAGCAGAAGUCGGCGUCUCUGGAUUCUUCGACAACAUCUCGCCGCGUCAGGUGGAGUUCGAUAGUGACGAUGAUCGGUCAGACGAUGAGGACGCCGACUUUGGUGACGGUGAAGAAGAUGACGACGAAUUCCGUCAAAUCAUCAGUCGACGACGUUCACGGCGAUCCUUAGGGAUGAAUUCCCAUGCUAAAAAUACACCGCGACGAUCUGCGAAUGUAUCACGAGCAACAACUCCGCCUCCACCUCCCGAAGCAGAUGACAAUUCAGACAAGAAGGUCGCAAACAAAGACGAAUCCGGUGCGACCGAUGCAAAGCAGGCAGCUUCAUUCAUGGAGAAGAUGUUCCAGCGCACUUUGGCUCAGCUUACCGCCUCUCCAGGAAUAAUUCCUAAUAUUCCUCAACUACCCCUACCCCAUCUUCCCAAGGUCGCCGACCUCCCUGCGUGGAAUGCUCUUCCUCAGAUCCCCAUGGUCUUCCCGGUAUUCGUACCGAUGAUGCCCAACUGGCCUUCUUUCCUUGCCAGGGAUAGUGCAGCUGUUUCCACAGAUGGUAAAACCGAAGGUGACGAGGAGACCAGGAACAUGGGGGCCGUAGCUCUACGAGCUGCAGCUGAAUGGCGCUCUACAUGGGAGAAGUGGGUCGCAUUGGCGGUUGCAACCACUGCGGGACAGCAAAUAGAGGAAAUGCCUCCUCCUGUCUAUACUCCUCGUGCAGAAGAAGAAGGCUCUGCAGAAACCGCUGCUCCUGAGAAAGGGCAUCAGGAGCAGCAGGAAUUGGCGGCUUCGACGUCGGCAUCCUCUCGUGGACAUGCAUCUGAUAUUCGUCCUGUGGGUUACGAUGACACACCAAUUCCUGACCAAGUCGUUGAAUCAUUUGGAUAUCAACCUGCGGCCAAACGCGCUCAGAAAUUACAGAAGAAACAUGACCGCAUGCUCCUAUUAUUCUGGCUACCUAUCCUUUUUUUAUCUAUGCUAUGGGCCUUCCAUAGCGGCGUUCAUUUCGCUUUCCAAGCCCUCAAGACAGCUCUUCCGGUCAAGACAGUUCUCCGAACGUAG